AUGUCACAAGAGGAUUCUUCACCUUCUGGAGUAGGAGAACGACAUGUUGACAUUAGCACUUGUUAUCUACCGCAGGAAGAGACAGCACCAGUCUUCUUUGGCAAUAAAUUGGGAACAUGCGACAGUGGAGGUGUUGGUGGAGUUGGCAUCCUCGUCAACACGAGAACGGCAAAGAAAAUCGACUCUUUCGAACAACUUAUGACCCGAAUCGGACGUCUGCUUAUGAGAAGAUGUGGUCCAACACUAGCUUUGAUUAUCUUCGUCGCUUACACUCCAACAUCAAGCUACGAAGAAGAAGAAGUCGAAGCUUUCUAUAUGGACCUGGAGAAGUUCUACCGAGAAGAUCAUGCCUUCUUCAAGGUCAUAAUUGGCGAUUUCAACGCCAAAGUUGGCCCAAGAAGAAAGUCGGAGGAACUUCACAUUGGGAUCCACGGCCUACAAUGGAAUAACCAGGGGGAGAGGCUCUCCGAGUUCAUCAUGACGACUAAGAGCAUCCAUGGGAACUCGCAAUUUCAGAAGCCCUUCUUUCUACGCUGGACGUGGGAGUCACCCGGAAGAAGGUACUGUAAUGAAAUAGACCACAUCAUCGUCAAUAAAAGGUUCUGCCUGACGGACGUCGCUGUUGUACCAAAGUUCUAUACGGGAUCGAACCAUCGCCUCCUCCGAGGAAGAUUUUCCUUCACAAGAAGAGCAGAGAAAGCCGCCAAGUUCAGAGGGAGAAAUCCCAGGACUAUCAUCAACUGGGAUCUCAUCGCUACGUUAGCCGGCUUUUGGGAAGAUUCCGCAAUGGACAACAUCGACGAGGAAUAUGACCGGCUCGUUGAACACGUUCGCGACUGCGCGAAGAAGGCUGAGAGUUCUAAAACCACCAAGAGACGCCUGUCUCUUGAAACUCUUGAGCUGAUACGCCAGCGUGGAGCAGCACGAGCCGCAGGAAACCAAGAACUCACACCCGUGCUCGCAAGGCUUUGCAGAGAGGCGAUAAAAGAAGACCUUAAAGAGAGAAGAGCAGAAGUGCUGGCUGAAGCUGCAGAGGCGGGGAAAAGCAUCCGCUAUGCCCGUCGAGACUUCGCCAGUCGCAAGACGAGGAUGACUGCUCUCUGGAACCCAAAGGGAACAGCCAUUGCAUCGAGAAGAGGGAUGGAAAAAAUCAUUUACGACUUCUACUCUGAUCUCUUCGACAGCCAUGUCCACUUGCCUCCUCACCAUCUGAGGGAAGAUGGACAAGUCAUUCCAGAGGUUCUCCCGUCCGAUAUACGACAUGCUAUCAUGUCGGUAAGAAAUCGUACGGCACCCGGUCCCGAUAGAAUAAGACCAGAACACCUGAAGAGCCUUCCGCCAGUACUCAUCAACACCCUGGCGAGACUCUUUACACGUUAUCUGUCGGAAUGCAAGGUUCCUAAACAGUGGAAGACCAGCAAGACGGUGUUGUUGUAUAAAAAGGGAGAUCCACAUGACAUCAGCAACUAUCGUCCAAUCUGCCUACUGUCCGUCAUCUACAAGCUCUUUACAAGAGUAAUCCUUAAUAGGAUCGAAAAAGUCUUGGAUGAAGGACAGCCAUGCGAGCAAGCAGGUUUUCGAAAAGGAUUCAGCACUAUUGACUACAUUCACACUGUUUCGAGACUCAUCGAGGUAUCACGAGAGUACAAGAUGCCGCUCUGUCUCACCUUCAUCGACUUGAAGAAGCCCUUCGACUCAGUUGAGACGGAAGCGGUCAUCUUGGACAACCAAGGCGUCCCUACUCAGCAUAUAAAGGUACUUCGAGAGUUAUACAGUAACUUCACGACCGGAAUUUCGCCAUUCUACAAGAACAUCAUCAUUGACGUGAAGAGGGGGUCCGACAGGGUGAAACAAUUUCACCCAAAAUAUUCACAGCCACCCUCGAGAACGCAAUGCGAAAGUUGGAAUGGGACGACAUGGGAGUGA